AUGCGCAAAGUGCCCGACGGCCAGAUGAUGCGUCCAAACAGGAAGACUAACGGCAGCGGCAUCCAGGCCCCGGAAACCAGGAUCUGUGUUGUUAUGGUUGGUCUGCCAGCCAGAGGAAAGAGUCUGAUAGCUCAGAAAGUUGUUCGCUACCUUCGCUGGCUCUCGGUAGACGCAAAGACCUUUAACGUGGGCCAAUAUCGCCGUACCACCACUCCCAACCCUUCCGCCGAGUUCUUCGAUACAAGCAAUGCAGAGGGAGAAAGAAUGCGCAAAGCUGCUGCUGAGGCUGCUGUGACCGAUAUGAUUAAGUGGUUCGACAACGGCGAGGGCCUUGUUGCCAUCCUCGAUGCUACCAACUCGACGAAAGCACGAAGACGUUGGAUCCAAGAUCGAUGCGACGCUGCCAAUGUACAGACCAUGUUUGUCGAGUCAAAGUGUGAUGACGAAGAGCUCGUCAUGUCCAACAUCAAGGAGGUCAAGACCACAUCACCUGAUUACCUAGGACAAGACCCCGAAGUUGCUGCACAGGAUUUCAGAAAGAGAAUCAGGAACUACGAGAAGGUGUACGAGACAUUGGAUGAGGAUGAGGCCGAUCUUACGUAUUGUAAGCUGAUUGAUGUUGGACAUCAAGUCAUCAUCAACAAGAUCCAGGACUAUCUGCAGUCCAGAGUAGUUUACUACCUGAUGAACCUGCACAUCAAACCACGUUCUAUCUGGCUGUCGCGACACGGAGAGUCCGAGUACAAUCUGUCAGGCAAGAUCGGCGGUGACGCAAACAUCAGCGAAAGAGGUCAGAUGUACGCCAAGAAGCUGCCAGAAAUUGUAAAGCAAUCUGCUGGUGACCUCGAACUCACAGUCUGGACUUCGACACUGAAGAGAACAAUUCAGACCUCAAAAUACCUACCAUUCGAGAAGCUUUCGUGGAAGGCUCUGGACGAACUGGACUCUGGUGUUUGCGACAGCUUGACGUAUGCAGAGAUCGAGGAACGAUACCCAGCAGACUUCAAGGCUCGCGACGAUGACAAAUACAACUACCGCUACUUGGGUGGUGAGAGUUACAGGGAUGUGGUCAUUCGUCUCGAGCCCAUCAUCAUGGAGCUGGAGCGCAGCGAGAACAUCCUGAUUGUAACACAUCAGGCAGUGUUGAGAUGCAUCUACGCCUACUUCAUGGGCGUCGACCAGGCGAAGAGCCCCUGGAUGGAGGUUCCUCUACACACUCUGAUCAAGCUCUCACCCAGAGCAUACGGUACACAAGAAGAGAGAUACUCGGCCAAGAUCCCUGCAGUGAGCACCUGGCGUGGUAAGGGAUCGAAAGCUCAGCAUGAAGAUCCUGGUCCUGGUCAAGGGACGGUCGAUAUUGAGGUGAAUGGAAAACCGACCAAAUAG